GCACGUAGGACUCCUCAAGGGUGGUUCUGUCAGAGCGGUUCUGGUUCUGAUCGGCUGCAGAAACUCUGUUGGACUUCUCCGGCCGAAGCUUCAUCAGGAUGCAGCAGAUUCUCGUCACGGCUCUCAUCUGUGUGGUGGCGGGUCAGCAGGUGGAGCAGCGGGCCGGCUACGCAUGCACGGAGGGCUACGAGUUCAAUGUGGAGGAGCAGGAAUGUAAAGACAUCAACGAGUGUGAGAUGUUGCCCGAUGCCUGUAAAGGACAGAUGGGUUGCAUCAACCACUACGGUGGAUACUUCUGUCUGCCGCAGAAUGCACAGAUCAUCAUCACCAACGGCGACGAUCAACCUGCUGCCACCACCCGGCCCCCACCGCCACUCCUCAUCCCCCUCCUGGCUGGACCGAGUCGCCGGGGCAACUACCAGACCACCGGCAAUGUUGCCAGGGUGACCACCGUCCAGUGUCCCGCUGGAUUCACUGCUGAUGGCUUUGGCUUCUGCAGAGAUGUGAACGAGUGUUUUCCCAGCAGCCCCUGCCAACAUCACUGCUACAACCUGCCAGGAUCCUUCCUGUGUCGCUGUGAUCUGGGUUAUGAGCUGAGUCCAGACCAGCUGAGCUGCUACGAUGUAGACGAGUGCCUGAUGUCCUCCUACAUGUGUCAGUGGCAGUGUGUCAACCAGCUGGGCUCCUAUGGCUGCAUCUGUCCUGAGGGAUACCAGCUCCAGGGAACACGCAUGUGCAACGACAUUAACGAGUGUGAAAUUGGACCGAGCUGCCGUGAUGACCAAAUGUGUUGGAACUACUUUGGGGGUUAUCGCUGUUAUCCCAGAAACCCCUGCCAGGAGCCCUACAUCCAAACCGGAGAGGGCCGCUGCAGCUGUCAGUCUCUGAGCGCGUGCAGAGGGCUGCCUCCAUCCAUCGUCUACAAGUACAUGAGCAUCACGUCGGAGCGCUCGGUGCCGGCCGACAUCUUCCAGAUCCAGGCCACCAGCGUGUUGCCCAACAUGAUCAACACCUUCAGGAUCAAAGCCGGCAAUGAAGACGGACAGUUCUUCCUCAGGAGGUCCAGUAACGUGAGCGCCAUGCUAGUGAUGACGCGGCCUCUGACUGGUCCCAGAGAGCACGUCCUGGACCUGGAGAUGGUGACGCAGAACUCAGCUCUGAGUUUUCGGUCCAGUUCGGUUCUCCGCCUCACCAUCAUCGUGGGACCGUACGUCUUCUAGGAACACCCGCAGAACCUGAACAUGUUUGUUUGGGUCACAGAGCAGCUGUUUAACCUUCAGACCUGCAGAGUUUUACAGAAUGAACCAUCUGACAUGUUGACUGACUUCCACCCAUCAUUUCAACUGUUUCAUGUCUGGACUCAAGAUUCUGUUUAAUUUCUGAUCUGCUUAUAAAUCCAGGGGAGGUGAAGCAGCUUCUAGAAAGAUCAAUAAAUAUCUUUGUUCUCUACUUUUUAA